AUGUCUACUAAAGCUGAUGAAAAAGCUGAAGAUAUCGAUUAUUUUAAAUACUUUAAUGAACGAGAACCAAAUUCAAUUAUGACUGUACCUAUUUAUUCGAAAACAUCAAAAAAAUUUGAUCUUAAUUCGCCUAGCCUGCCUUUAAAUGCCACUACCUUUUAUCAAAUGAAUUUUUGCAAACUGCCUAAUAAAAAAUUAUUUUGUUUUCGCAAUACACAUGGUAUAUUUCCUAUAGAAUACACUUGCUUUAUUGUAGAUAAACUUAACAACGUAGAAGCAAUACAAAAAGGCUCAUCUUCAUGCUAUGCUGGAUCAAUUUAUUAUAAUGGGUGCAUUUAUGUAAUUGGCUGCUUUUCUAGUAUAAUGCGUUGACAUUAUUUUAAGAGAGUUCCACAUGUCAGAGCAUUUCCCAUAUGUGUAAGCCAAAUCUCAGAUGAGGGGUUUCCACACUUUAGUGGCUCCUAAGAAAAUGUCCCUAUGUAAAACUCUUUUGAAAUAAUGCCAAUGCAUUAUAUCGGAAUAAGCGAUAAAUUUGAAAAAUAUGAUAUUAAGAGAAAAUUGUGAUUUAAAUUGCCAGAUAUUAAUACUACAGCUGAUAGGCAUAGUUGUGAUGUUUUGGGUAAUAAAAUUAUAUAUUCAGGAAAUACAAUAGAUAUUUUUAUAUAUGACAUCUUUUUGAUUCUCAUUGUGUUGCAUUAA